CUUGUUCAGGUAAUGAACAACUUAAAAGUAAAUGAGCAACAAACGUGCUUUAUAAUACAAGAUAUCAGAAACCCAUCAAAUAAACAUCGAAAGAAGAGAAAAUGGGAAGAUAUCUCGUAAUAUGUUAUGAGAGUGCUAAGCACGAAACACCAUCUAUUGUAUGCAAUACCGAUAGCCUGAAGGUCGCACAAGAAACGUUUAAAGAGAAGGGGGAACGGAAGAUACACAGCACAGUUUUAUACGACAGACAGAAUGACCAGGUGAGGAAAUUUGCCAUUGAAGGUGAACCCAAGUCUCUUUCGCUUGCUAUAGAAUUGGCCAGAAAAAAUAAAUCGAACACCAACGUCGACAAAAGGGACGAAAAUGUCAAAGAAGCUGUCGGAGAAAUAUCCAGUUUAGCACACGUCUUAAUGGGAAACGCUGUACCUGGCAUUAGCCAUGUUGUUGAAGCUCACCUCAUGGGACCUUACUACGCUAUGAAAGGGGACGGAGUUAAGGCGGUGCAAGCAUGCGCGGGACUGUUUGGAGGGAUGGCCGGAACAGUUCUGGGACUAAUAACAGGACCCGCAGGAGCAGUGGUCGGAGGAGUCGCCGGGGCAGCAUUGGCCUCCGGGGCAACAGGUGAACUCUUCAAGGUAUUUAAUCAUCCGGACAAAUGUAAGGAUUGCAACGGAACAGGGCUGGUCAAAGACUACCGCACGUGCAAGAAAUGUGAAGGCUACGGGUAUAUCAAAAAGUAGCUGCAUAUCAAGAAAGUGACUGGACGAGAAGAAAAACUGAUUAUUUUUUUAUCAUGAUACAUCGAUCUCGAAUACAUCUAGGAAAAUUCUGGUUCGAUUUCUUUCAUUUUCUUUCCUGACAUCGAAUGCUUUAAUUCGGAACGUCCGCAUAGUCUUGCUAAGCAAUAUCACCGGACUAGUUGGAGGAUUACUGAAAUCUUCCACAAAUUUGUAAUGAGACGUCCAUCGGUCUACUUUUAACUAAUCCCAUGCCUUCUUGUCUGUAUUUUGCUAUAUUAAGA